AUGUAUGUUAUAAAAGGUGAAGAAAUAAAAGAACUUGCCAAAAUAACAUAUAAUAUUUUAUCGUCUAGUAGAGCGGGCGAUGCGGCGCUCGUAGCGCGGGGCCCUGCCCGCCGCCCGCCUGGCCAAUCGCGGCCCGUUCCGCCUAUGAUGUCAUCGGAGGAGGAGGCCGACUCAGCGCCCUACUCGGAUAAGCUCCUAAAGAAACAGAAGCGCGCGAGACAGCGCGUGGACGCCGGUGAGCCGCGCAAUUCUUAUUCGACUCUCGCGACGAACGGACUCGCGCCCGCGCGCGUCGCACACAUGAGCGGCGGACUGUACGGCGCCAUCUUCGACGGCCGUCAACACUUCGGCCUUUUCGGACCGGGUUACGCGCCGACCGAAAUGUUAAACGAAUUAUUAGGUCGAACACCUACCGAGGCAGGUGAUGAGGCCUCUAGCGGAGAUAUCGCACAUCGUGUUCUGCGAGACAUCCUCCAGAGUCGCAAGAAGGAGCUCCUACGCCUCUCGCCGGAUAACAACAAUGUGCUGGCAAACAACAACAAUGAUGAACCUAAAGAAAAGCGAUCCCCGGAACGGCCUGUUUCGCGUGACUCGCGCCCAGAUCUUGACGACGCGUUACUCGGUUUAGAGAGCGCCGGUGAUUCUCGAACUUCGCCACCACCAGCACCACCUUCUUCCGAGCCCCUGCUCGCUCCGAAAUCCGAACCGGAGGAUCGUGAUAGUGAUGUGCAACGUUCUUCCCCGCGACCACUCGAUGUGAAACGUGCCCGUGUUGAGAACAUUGUGUCGACUAUGCGUGCUAGUCCUGCACCUCAACAGCCACAAGUGAAUGGUUGCAAAAAACGGAAACUUUAUCAUCCUCAACAACAUGAUGGGGCUGCAGAACGAUACGGAACCAGUCACGGUAGUAGUGCUCAAACUGUUUCGGACGACUCCGAAGACGAUAAUGAACGACAACCACCUAUUCAACAAAAGUUAGUAGAAAAAAAUGCUUUAAAGUCACAACUUAGAACUAUGCAAGAACAGCUUGCUGAAAUGCAAGAAAAAUAUAUGCAACUGUGUAAUAGAAUGGGACAAGAGUCGGAAACCAUUGAAAAUGACGGUGCUUCUAGUGAUAUUGAACAAAAUGAAGAGACAGUGCCCAAAUUGGAACCAGCAUCACCAGCUAAAGAAGUGCCACCGCCUAUACCAAGCAGUGCCGCGCCGAACAUGCUCUCACAAGUGAUGAGUAAAAUGAUGUCGGCUAAGAUGCACGCACAUGCAGCAGCCCAUCCACAUCUACCACCUGGUUUCAAUGGAUCCUUACCUAUGAUCCCGCAUUUGCCUCCCACCGACCACAUCCAUCCACCACACCCACAUCAGCAUCUCAACAAUGCAGCCGCUAUGUACCUCAAUGUCAGUCAGAAACUAUUUUUAGAACAAGAAGCCCGCAUGAAAGAAGCGGCAGAACAACAGCAACAACAAAACAAUCAACAACAAAGGCCACAAUCCAAUCAGCACUCUCCACAACAAAGACAAAUGGGUCAAACACCGAAACCUCCGAUGACUUCAGACUUAGCUGAACGUCUAGAUGCAUUGAGAAGUAAUGCCGGAUCUGUAGGCCCUGUAACAGGUGCAGACCUUGAAGGAUUAGCCGAAGUUCUAAAAAGUGAGAUCACAGCAUCGUUAGCAAGCCUCAUCGACUCUAUUGUAACACGAUUUGUGCACCAACGUCGGAUCAUUGGCAAGCAAUCAGAAGCAGCGGCAGCGGCUGCGGAGCAGCUGAAUAAAGAUCUGAUGCGAGCGACGAGGAUGCUAGAACGAAAGUCACCAACACCGAAAAUGCCGGAGAGGUCGUCGGGGCAGAUGUCAGGUAAUAAUCCCGUCCAUCAUCCGGGCGCCCCUAAUGGUGUCCCGUUUAUUACACAUAACCCAAUGCUGAUGAGUCAGAUGAAUGGCCCCCGUGCGCCAGGUGGUGCGGCAUUUUCGCUGCAUCCCGAGGCGGGCGGUCCCGGCCACGGACCUCAAGUGCGACCUCCCACAGCAAUGUUCCAGACGCCGCCGAAGUCGCUAAGCUCUCUCUAUGGCCCGAUUAACGGGCACUUUGAGCGCGAAAACCCUGAGCAGAACGAGGCUCUCAGUCUGGUCGUCACUCCAAAGAAAAAACGGCACAAGGUUACGGACACGCGCAUCACUCCACGAACAGUCAGCCGGAUACUUGGAGAGGGUGUGGGGACACCGGAGACGAAAUUCUCAGAGUCGCCAUCGCCACGGCCGUAUGCAGGUGGAAUGGCAUUACCUACAUCAGUGGCGAUUCCUAACCCGUCACUACACGAAAGUCAAGUAUUUUCGCCAUACUCUCCGUUUUUUGGCGCGGGUGGGGGGCUGGCAAGAUCUCCUCCAGCACCUGAGAGAGACUCGCCACCGCUCCCUCACGCGCCUGUUCUGCUACAUCCAGCCUUAAUGGCAGCAGCACAUCAUGCAUCUCCUGAUUACCUACGACAUCACCACGCGCAUGCACCACUGCACGCAGCGCAACACCACCCGCAGCACAUGGAUACUCAAGAUCCACACUCCGAUUGCAACUCUACAGAUCUGCCUUACGACGGAGUCCAGCCUACUAUAUCCUUUUCAAUACAAAGUAUUUACAUUAAUAGCGUGCCUUUAACUCCCGUGCACUCUUCAACGUUGACACCGAUGCACCUUCGUAAGGCGAAGCUGAUGUUCUUUUGGGUGCGGUACCCGAGCUCUGCGGUCUUGAAGAUGUACUUCCCCGACAUCAAGUUCAACAAGAACAACACUGCUCAGCUCGUCAAGUGGUUCUCGAACUUCAGAGGUGUCGAUUAUGGAAGUCAAACUGCACGAUAG